GAUGAAACAGAGGUCCGCCACGUGAGGCACAUUCUCAAGCACGCUGACAACAAGAAACUAGUCAUCCUGGAUGCACGGCUGGGCAAGAGGAACGAGCAAGCUCCGACAAUUGUGCAGGGGCUAGGACGGCAUGCUUGGGAGCAGAUGCACCUGGAAGGGGCGGCUCGAAAAGCAGAGGUGUGGGAGACCUCGACAGAGACGUUAACAAAGUUGAGCACCAACAACUGGGGAAAGGCGUUCAGAACGGAGGCUCAGGAAGAGGCAUGGAGGGAGGCAUGGUGGACGGAGGACUACUCCUACUUUGAAUUCUUGCCCGCCUCCAGCUCGACAAUCACGAAAGUGUCUGACGUGAGCGCGCCCGAGGCCAGCGAGCGGUGCUGA